GCCUCUUCAUUUAGGACCCAUGUCCGCCUGGGAUAUUAUAAAACAGGCCCUCAAACCGAAGAACUAACGCAAGGAUCAUAAAUAAAUUAAGGUAAAAUAUACCUUUUACCGGACAAUACAAGUUAACCUGCGUGUAGGAGAUUUUGCUUAGAAAUAUAGGAAUAUUCAUUAUUAGAACAGCACAGUUUAUGAAAUGCGUGGAUUUUCGAUAAAAUAAUGACGGUGUUGUUAUCUAUAAUUGUUGUGGUUUUAUUUACAAGCGGAAUAUUUGCUCAAGACGCUUGCUCGCCAAACCCAUGUUCUUAUGGUGGUACGUGUAUAUUGGCCACUCUUGCACCCGGCUAUGUGUGUCUUUGUAACAUCGGACUACAGGGACAAAACUGUGAACAAUUCACAGCAGGUCAAGAUUGUGGCCAAACGUUUUCUGAGGAAUCUGGAACUGUUACUAGUCCUGGUUUUCCGAAUACAUACACGCCAAAUGAAAACUGCUAUUACUUCAUCCGAAUUCCACAUGCUUUGUCGAUAACAAUACGAUUUGAUACGUUUAUCACUGAACUGGACCACGACACGUUGGAAAUUUCUGCUGGGCCAAGUCUAUUAACCGGUAGUAGUGGAAUUCUUGUAUUUUCUGGAUUAUCGUCCAUUGAUCCACUGACGUUGAAUAGCAACCAGAUUGCUAUUCGCUGGUCAACAGACGAUGAAACGCAACUACAAGGAUUCUCCAUUCAGUACUUUUCAGAUAUAAGUUCAUGUGUUAGUAAUCCGUGUCAACAUCAUGGAACAUGCAUUAAUGUGAUCGAUGGUUACAUCUGCUCAUGUAAACCAGAAUAUCAAGGGAUACAUUGUGAGACAGUAUCCGAUCCAUGCAGUGAGGAUCCCUGCCAUAAUGGAGGUACUUGUAUGCAGUCUGGUUCCACUUACUCUUGUCAAUGCCAGUCUGGUUGGAGAGGAGAAGUGUGUGAUGUUGGAGUUGUUUUGGUGUCAUCAAUGGAAGUCCAACUUCCAUCAACAAAUAUACUUGAAAACAACCCAAGUCUAUCAGUGGACAUUACUGUUACUCCAGCUGAAUCUUUCUACAGUAUUACAGGGCAGAAUGUCUGGGCCUUCCGUGUUUAUUUCAGCAGCCAGUCUGAUGGAGGAGGUGUUGUCCAUAAUGCUGUGGCCAGGCUGACAUCCAACCAGGCUAGCACAUCAUGGCUUCCUCCUAUGCCUAGCGAGUUCAAUCAGGUAUUGGUGGAUGGUACACUUAUUGAGAGUACUUGUGUGGACCUCAGGUACCUGUGUGUUGAAAUCAUGAAGGAAGAUUCAGCACCCUUUGAAUUAGAAGGAUUACUUGGGCAAAGUUCUCUAGUGGACUGUGUUGCUGUAACUUGCCAAGGUGUGCAAAUUACUCAGACGUUAGUUACCCUGAAGGCAGGAUUACUUGUAGAGGGUGGUAUAAAUUACAAUACCCGUCUUGAUAUAACAUUUACAUCAUCCAUUAACUCUGCAAGUAUCUUUGGUACCAACCUCUGGGAGAUAACAGUAUUUACAAAUGAGCAAUCUGAUGGAAUGGGCACCCAGAUGGUUGUCCAACCUGCCCUACUUUCCCAGUCCCAGUCUGGGACACCACUAGUUUCUGGUGGGUCUGCUUCAUUGUCUGACAUCACUGUGAAUUUAGACCUGACUUUGGCCACCUGUAUGCAGAGUAGAUACAUUUGUGUUGAAGUUGAGAAGGAUGCAGAAGCUAACCCAGAUUUCACAUUGGAAGGAGCUAGUUUAGAUGCUCUCAUUGGCUGUGCUGCAGUUGAAGAUUGCAAAGGUGUCGAAAUUACCAGUACAUUACCUUCAUUCCAAUUCACAACAUUGCUUCAGGGGGUUAGUUCACAGACUUUCUAUGUUGAUGUAAAAUUUACUACAAAUCCAAAUGCUGGGAGUGUGCAGGGAUUUAAAUUAUGGAAGCUAACCAUGUUCACCAGUAGCCAACCGGAUGGCAGUGGUGACCGAUGGGCAUCUGCGCCUGUACAGUUGAUGUCAGACCACCUGCAAACAGGUGUUGUGGCUGGUCUAGAUAGUAGCUUGAGAGGAUUAGAAGUUACUUUGGAUUUAACAGGAGUUGUUUGUGCACAGGCAAGGUUUUUAUGUGUAGAAAUUGGCAAAGGUGAUGAAGCUUCACCAAAUUUUACAUUUACUGGACAUCCAGACGGCAGUUCCCUAAUUGGUUGUGUUUCAACAUCAUGUGGAGGAGUUGAAAUUACCAGCACAAGUGUUUCUAUUCGCUCGGGACUGCCAGUGAUUGAGCGUCAGUCAAACUCAAUAUCAUUUGAUGUCAUAUUCACAAGUAGUGCUCUUGGUGGCAGUGUAGCAGGGACGAAUCUCUGGUCAAUCACCAGUUUUCUCAACAAUGAUAUCACAGGAGGUGGUACACGUUCUGCUGAAGCUCAAGCCACGAUACCAACGAACCAGGCGAUGACAUCCAUUAAUGCUGGUGAAUCAGAAUCACUGAGUGGGGUGACAUCUGUAGUUGAUCUGACGGGAGCAGCAUGUGCUGAUGCUCCUUAUUUUUGUGUUGAGAUUAGCAAAGGAGAUAAUCCAACACCUGACUUCCAGAUUGAGCCGUCGUUGAAUCCGCAAUCACGUGUCAGCUGUGCAUUAUUAAAAUGUCAAGGUGUUAUUGUUACCUCCAUUGAUUUGUUCAUCACGUCUGGGAAUCCAUUAUAUUUUCGAAGCUCACAUCAUGAAAUUCUUUUUAACUUAACAUUGAACUCUGACCCUGCUGGUGCAAGCAUUACUGGAAGUGAUCUAUGGUCAGUGGAAGCCUUUACAAAUACGAUGGAAGAUGCUAAUAACGGCUUUGUUGCAGUCUUGGACACUCUUACACCAUUAGCCAAUGCAGGCAACACUUCUUUAAUUGCGGGACAUACAUAUGUAUUACAGGGAUUGUCUACCACCUUUGACCUCAGCACUAUCCCAGGAUGCUUUGCUGUGACAUUUUUUUGUGUAAUUGUAAACAAAGGAAAUUCUCCGUCACCUGAGUUUACUCUAAAUGGAAAUCCUGAUGAGUCUUCACUUCAAAAGUGUGUUCCAAUUCAAUGUCAAACUUCAAAUCCAUGUCAGUCUGGGCCUUGUGGUAAUGGUGCCACCUGCAUCAAUAAUUAUAAUGACUACAGGUGUGUGUGUACAGAUGGUUGGACUGAUCCAUUGUGUUUGACAGCUAUUGAUGUCUGUGUAUCUUCUCCUUGUGAAAAUGGAGCAGCUUGCUUGAAUUUUCAGACUUAUUACACCUGCACAUGUAUGCCUGGGUGGGAAGGAAGUAAUUGUGCAAAUGCAAUUGAUCUCUGUCAGUCAUUCCCAUGUCAAAAUGGAGCAACAUGUGCUAAUUUCCAGACAUUCUACAGCUGUACUUGCACACCUGGAUGGCAGGGAAACAUCUGUGAACAAGCCAUUGACUUGUGUCUGUCGACCCCAUGUCAGAAUGGUGCAGUCUGCAACAAUUUCCAAACAUUCUACAUGUGUACUUGUGCACCAGGUUGGGAAGGGCCCAUUUGUAGUGCAGCUAUCAACUUGUGUUCAUCUACCCCCUGUGAGAAUGGUGCGACCUGCAACAAUUUUCAGACUUCCUACAGCUGCACCUGCAAUGACGGUUGGGAAGGGUUAAAUUGUGAACAACCGAUUGAUAUGUGUGAGUUCUCCAUAUGCCAGAAUGGUGCUACUUGCAUUAACCUCCAAACAUCAUACACUUGCGCUUGCCCCUCAGGUUGGAAUGGAAUAUUCUGUGAACAAGCGGUUGAUCUGUGUUUAUCCACCCCUUGUGAGAAUGGAGCAGUUUGCAAUAACUUUCAGACAAGCUACAGCUGUACUUGCAGUGCAGGCUGGGAAGGGACACAUUGUGAACAAGCGGUUAAUCUGUGUUUAUCCUUCCCAUGUGAGAAUGGAGGAGUCUGCAAUAACUUUCAGACAAGUUACAACUGUACAUGUAGUGCAGGCUGGGAAGGGACUCAUUGUGAACAAGUGAUUAAUCUGUGUUUAUCCACCCCAUGUGAGAAUGGUGGACUCUGCAAUAACUUUCAGACAAACUAUAACUGUACAUGUAGUGCAGGCUGGGAAGGGACUCAUUGUGAACAAGCAAUUGAUCUGUGUUUAUCCUUCCCAUGUGAGAAUGAAGGAGUCUGCAAUAACUUUCAGACAAGUUACAACUGUACAUGCAGUGCAGGCUGGAAAGGGACUCAUUGUGAACAAGCGAUUAAUCUGUGUUUAUCCUCCCCAUGUGAGAAUGGUGGACUCUGCAAUAACUUUCAGACAAGUUACAACUGUACAUGCAGUGCAGGCUGGGAAGGGACUCAUUGUGAACAAGUGGUUGAUCUUUGUUUAUCCACCCCAUGUGAGAAUGGAGGAGUCUGCAAUAACUUUCAGACAAGCUACAACUGUACAUGCAGUGCAGGCUGGGAAGGGACUCAUUGUGAACAAGUGGUUGAUCUUUGUUUAUCCACUCCAUGUGAGAAUGGAGGAAUCUGCAAUAACUUUCAGACAAGUUACAACUGUACAUGCAGUGCAGGCUGGGAAGGGACUCAUUGUGAACAAGUGGUUGAUCUUUGUUUAUCCACCCCAUGUGAGAAUGGAGGAGUCUGCAAUAACUUUCAGACAAGCUACAACUGUACAUGCAGUGCAGGCUGGGAGGGGACUCAUUGUGAACAAGUGGUUGAUCUUUGUUUAUCCACCCCAUGUGAGAAUGGAGGAAUCUGCAAUAACUUUCUGACAAGUUACAACUGUACAUGUAGUGCAGGCUGGGAAGGGACACACUGUGAACAAGUCCUUUUAGCAAUUAAUCUGUGUUUAUCCACCCCAUGUGAGAAUGGAGGAGUCUGCAAUGACUUUCUGACAAGUUACAACUGUACAUGUAAUGCAGGCUGGGAAGGGACACAUUGUGAACUAGUGGUUGAUCUUUGUUUAUCCACCCCAUGUGAGAAUGGAGGAGUCUGCAAUAACUUUCAGACAAGCUACAACUGUACAUGCAGUGCAGGCUGGGAAGGGACACACUGUGAACAACCAAUUGAUCUGUGUUUACCAUCCCCAUGUGAGAAUGGAGGAGUCUGCAAUAACUUUCAGACAAGUUACAACUGUACAUGCAGUGCAGGCUGGGAAGGGACUCAUUGUGAACAAGCAAUUGAUCUGUGUUUAUCCACCCCAUGUGAGAAUGGAGGAAUCUGCAAUAACUUUCAGACAAGUUACAACUGUACAUGCAGUGCAGGCUGGGAAGGGACUCAUUGUGAACAAGAUUCCACUCCAUGUCAGAAUGGAGCAACUUGUACAGACUUAGAAACUUCAUACACCUGCGCAUGUACACCUGGAUGGCUUGGAAGUCACUGUGAUCAAGUUGUUGAUCUAUGUAUCAAUUCAGUGUGUGAAAAUGGAGCUGUCUGUGUUAAUUACCAGACAUUUUACUUCUGCACAUGCUCACCAGGGUGGCAGGGCACAGUCUGCAAUGAAGCAAUUGAUCUGUGUCUGGACAACCCUUGCCAAAAUGGAGGUGUUUGUAAUAACUUCCAAACCAGUUAUAACUGUAGUUGUGUUGCAGGCUGGGAAGGGUUACAUUGUGACUCUGCAUCUAAUCCAUGCGAGUCUUUCCCAUGUGAGAAUGGAGCAGUGUGCAACAAUUUCCAAUCAAGCUACAACUGUAUAUGCAAUGCAGGCUGGGAAGGAAGCAAUUGUGAACAAGCUAUUGAUGUGUGCCAAUCUUUCCCAUGUCAAAAUGGAGCCAUUUGUUUUAACCUUCAAACCAGUUUUAUCUGCUCUUGCAGUGCAGGCUGGGAAGGAAGUACAUGUGAAGAAGCCAUUGAUUUAUGCAUGAGCUCCCCCUGUAGAAAUGGUGCAACCUGUAUCAACUUGCAAACAUCUGUCAGGUGUACAUGCCCUAAUGGUUGGGAGGGAAUAGUUUGCGAUCAAGUCUCAAAUCCAUGUCAGAGCUCACCCUGCAUGAACAAUGGAAUAUGCAACAACUUUCAAUUCUACUUCAGCUGCGAAUGCCUAACUGGAUGGAUAGGAAAUCUUUGUGAAAUUUAUGAUCCAUGUUUCAACAACCCAUGUUCAUCUGGCGCCACCUGCAUUCCAGAAAAUAAUGGCGAUAUCACCUGUAUUUGCCCACCUGGAUUCAGUGGAACCACCUGUGAUAUUUUACCAGAUCCAUGUUUAUCCAUGCCUUGUCAGAAUGGAGGGUUGUGUUUCAACAGUGCUGAUACUUACACCUUUCUGUGCAUCUGUCCAAAUGGAUACAUGGGAGACUUAUGCCAGAAUCAAGAUCCUUGCAUUUCAACUCCAUGUCUCAAUGGAGGAAUCUGUGAGACUAUUCCAUCAGGAUUUACUUGUAAAUGUGCAAUGGAUUUCAUUGGAGAGAUUUGUCAACUACAAGAUCCUUGUCAGUCUUCCCCGUGUCAGAAUGGUGGAGCUUGUAUAGAUACAGGGACCAUCUUCGUCUGUCUAUGUGAGACAGAUUACUAUGGGUUACAGUGUCAAAUUGCUGAUCCCUGCCUUUCAAACCCCUGUCAGAAUGCAGGGGAAUGUCUAACACUGAUAUUAGGACCAGAUGUCACUUUCAGUUGUCAGUGUGCAUAUGGGUUCAAAGGUCAACUCUGCCAGUAUUAUGAUCCAUGUGAGUCCACCCCCUGCCUUAACAGUGGCACCUGUCAAUCAUCUGGUGAUGGCUCCAUCUACAACUGUACAUGCUUAGAUUCAUUUGUUGGAGCUAACUGCCAGCACAUAAAUCCAUGCUCAUUAUCCCCUUGUCUGAAUGGUGGAGUCUGCACCUCAGACUCUUCUAGAGCUACAUACACUUGCAAUUGUGCACAUAUGUUCCUUGGCAGCAAAUGUGAAAACAUUGAUCCAUGCUUAUCCUACCCAUGUGAAAAUGGAGCAACCUGCAUGCCCAGCGAUGAUGGCUCUUCAUUUUCUUGCAUGUGUAGUAUUGGUUACCUAGGUGAUGCCUGUCAAUUUCUGGAUACGUGUACCUCCUUUCCUUGUUUGAAUGGGGGUAUAUGCUCAUCAUCUGACCCCAUGGGUUUCAAUUGUUCCUGUACCAUUCAAUACGUUGGACCACUCUGUGAAUUUAUCAAUCCAUGUAUAUACAACCCAUGUCAGAAUGGAGCCACCUGUACACCUGGUAAUGAUGGUAUAUAUAGCACCUGUACAUGUGCACUUGGUUUUAUUGGCAGCAACUGCUUAUAUCCAGAUCCAUGCUUAAUGAACCUGUGUGAAAAUGAUGCUACAUGUAUUAUUGGUGAAGACAUGCAGACAACUAGAUGUUUAUGUGCUGAGGGUUACCAUGGAGACCUCUGCCAAAACUUAGAUCCAUGCCUGCUGCUUCCCUGUGAAAAUGGAGGUACAUGCAGUCCUGCAGAUGAUGGUUCUGCAUAUAUAUGUGUGUGCUUACAAGGCUUCCAGGGACCUACAUGUCAGUUCCCAGAACCCUGUAUAUCUGAUCCGUGUAAUAAUGGAGGUACGUGUACCAUGGAUGUUGGUGGCUCCCUUUACCAGUGCACUUGUCCAGAAACCUACCUAGGUGAAAACUGUGAAAUACCAAAUCCAUGUCUUCCAAGUCAGUGUGAAAAUGGAGGCAUCUGUCUUCUGAACACAAAUCCAGUUUCAUAUGUUUGUGUCUGUUCUCUUGGUUUUCAUGGCAAACAUUGUCAAUACAUAAAUGCUUGUGUCUCUUCACCUUGUCAGAAUCAAGGUUCGUGCAUUACUGGAGACACUGGUGACUCAUAUACUUGUCGAUGUCUCGAUAGCUUCACUGGGGCCAACUGCGAGUUGAGGGAUCCAUGUAGUUUGUUUCCUUGUCUAAACAAUGCAACAUGUUUGAUGAGUACUGACAGUGAAAACUUCAUUUGUCUUUGCCAGCCAGACUUCCUCGGAUCCAGUUGCCAAUAUUUAGAUCCCUGUUUGUCAAACCCUUGUCAAAAUGAAGGCAAUUGUCAACCAACUGAAGAUAGUACCUCACACCGAUGUACCUGUCGAACUGGUUACCUAGGCAACAACUGUGAAUUCGUAGAUCCCUGUGGCUCAAACCCUUGUCAAAAUGGAGGAAUGUGUCAAUCAAACCAAAAUGCCUCCGCCUUCACAUGCCAGUGUCCAUCACAAUAUCUUGGAAUCUAUUGUGAACACUUCAAUGCUUGCCUAUUAAGUCCAUGCUUAAAUGAUGGCAAUUGUAGUACAGGUGUUGGUGGGUCAUCUUACACCUGCUUCUGUACACCUGGUUAUCAAGGAAACACCUGUCAAUUCAGUGAUCCUUGUGCAUCUAACCCAUGUGUAAAUAAUGGCAACUGUACAAGUAACUCAGAUGGUUCACACUACUCCUGCUCAUGCCCAGACGAAUACUUGGGUGACCACUGCCAGAAUCAAGAUCCCUGCAUAUCAUCACCUUGUGAAAACCAAGCUACUUGUAUCGCUAAUGUGGAUAAUUUUUCUUAUGAAUGCAGUUGUUUGCCUAGCUACUCUGGACUAAGAUGUCAGACAUUUGAUGCCUGCAAUUCAUCUCCAUGUCUGAAUAAUGGCACCUGUUACACAAGCGUUAACAGCUAUACUUGCUCAUGCAGCGUAGGUUACAGUGGCAUCAACUGUGAGCAAAUAUCAGGUUGUGAUCCAAAUCCUUGUAAAAAUGGAGGAACUUGUAGCAGUUCCUCAGCAUCAUCUAACCAAUAUACUUGUGCCUGUCUCACUGGAUAUUCUGGCAAUACCUGUGAACAAUAUUCCAACGUAUGUGAGGGGUCUCCUUGUCAGAAUGGGGGAACGUGUAUAAAUUUAGACACGUUCUACAAUUGCGCAUGCACUGAGUAUUUUGUAGGAUUGCAAUGUGAAAUAUAUGAGUCACCAACAGAUAAUGCUCCGCGACUUGACAGUACUCCACCCAGUGUUAUUCGUAUAUCUGAAAGUGCAACUGUUGGGAGUCUGAUAUUAACUCUUUCUGGUAGUGACCCGGAGGGGGCAACAGUCAUCUAUGGAAUUGAUCAACCUGAACCCAACUAUCUGUCUGUAGGGCCAGUAGAUGGUGAAGUUAGAAUCCGUCAGCAACUAGAUGCCGAGACUGAUUUGUUUUUUCAAGUUGACUUUACUAUCAGUGAUGGGACUAACCUACCUGUUGAAUACCCUUCCAUUAUUCUAGUCACAGAUGUGAACGACAAUGCUCCUCAGUUUGUAAACACACCAUACAGAUUUCAAGUGCCUGAGGAUGCACCCAUUGACACACUAAUCACAACUAUCUCAACCACAGAUCCCGACACAGGGAUUCAAGGUGCUGAAUACCAACUCCUUGAGAAUACAUCUAUUAUUUCAGUUAACCUGACUUCAGGCAAAGUUCUCCUUAAACAACUACUGAACCAUGAGGUCACCAAAAUGUACCAGUUCACAAUUCAAGCUUUUGACUUAGGAUCACCACGUCUUGAAAACACCACUGACUUCAUAUUAGAGGUUGAGGAUGUUCAAGACUCGCUUCCUAUUUUUGUGAAUACACCAUAUACUUCAACUGUACAAGAAAAUGCUCCAAUUGGUACAAUUGUGACAACAGUAAGUGCGAUUGACCAAGAUACUGGUGUACCAAAUGUAAUUGGUUAUAGCAUAGUCGGUGGUAAUGAAGCAGGUUUUUUCUUUAUCAAUCCUGCUACUGGCAAUGUAACAGUAAACAGCGUUAUUGAUAGGGAGAUGGAUGGCUUCUCUGGCAUUGUACAACUCACAGUCAUGGCUACUGAACUUGGCAGCAGUGGGGGUGCUAAUGUUAGCACUAUUUUUUCCAUUAUGGUUGAGGAUGUAAGUGACCAAGCUCCAAUAUUCAGCCAACCACAAUAUGAUGUUUCUAUACCAGAAAGUGCCCAGCAAGGACAACAGCUCCCUCUACAGAUCCUAGUCAGUGAUGCUGAUAUGGGCACAAAUGCUGAUUUCUCAUUAAGAUUACAAGGCAACCACUCAGAGCUUUUU